UGGCUUUCAGUUAAAAGGUUUUUGUUGUUGUAGCUUAUGCAGUUGCUCUGUUGCCAUGGGAACGUGACAUCAAAAUGACGUUUCCCUGUUUAAAAGCUUUUAACUAAAUUCCAGCCUGUCAGACGUAGGCCCCAUUUUAUGCUCUCAGACUUCAAGCUGUUGCAAAAGGGUUUCAUAUGUUCCCUUGUCAUUCACAGGUUGUUUUCUUUUUAUUCCCCCCCAGCCUCCCACAGACACGCAUGCCUAGCUGGGCAACAACUACUUAAAAAGCCCCAGAUAAACGGCCUCCUCUUUUAAAAAGCCUUUCAGCAGCAGGAGCAAUGGCUGCAGCUGAGAUUCCCAGUUAUAUUGUGUCGUCUCAGAGCGAGAAGCACAGGAGGGCCAGGAACUGGACUGAGGCAGAGAUGAGGGGCCUGAUGCUGGUCUGGGAGGAAUAUUUCGAGGAGCUGAAACAGACCAAAAGGAACGCCAAAGUUUACGAGCGAAUGGCGAACAAGCUCUUUGAGAUGACCGGGGAGCACCGCCACGGGGAAGAAAUCAAAAUCAAAAUUACAAACAUGACUUUCCAGUACAGGAAAUUAAAAUGUAUGACUGACGGAGAGACCGCCCCUCCAGACUGGCCUUACUUUAAAACUAUCGAUCGGAUCUUAUCCAAGCUGCCUGAGCACAACGAUAUAAAGCUUCAACCAGGGCCCUCCACCUCUCACACAGAGGCCUCACAGUCCCCCUCUGCCAAGUCAACUCCACUUUACUUGUCCUACAAUCAGUUCACUUACGAAGAAAGGGAAGACUGUUUUGAGGAUGACAAUUCAGACAGCUCUGCUAGUCUCCAGUCUUACAAACUGAGAUCGGGGGAGCGAGCAGUUAAGAGAAGAAAGCUGCAGGCCUUCAGUUUCCAGAGGAAGAAGUUAAAAGUGAUGGAGAGCAUGUUGGAAGAGCAGAAGAGGUUGAGCAGAGCCAUGGAAGAGACGUGCAGGGAGAUGCGCCGAAUACUGGAUCAGCAAAACAUCAUCCAAGUGCAAAGUCUGCAGCUACAGGAAAGGAUGAUGAACCUGUUGGAGAAAAUGGUCUCUAAGUCAACUCCAUGACUCACUGUAGCACGGAGAGCCCUAAAGACAAUGUUCAGAAGCCUGAACAUAACAUUUCCCCAUUGAUUAAUAUGGAACCCAUGACAACACUGCAUACAAAGAUAACAUGGAGUCAUCUUGACAUAAAGACUCUUCACACUAUUAAUCACUACAGACUCUCUGUAGUCUUAUCAUUCAGUCUUUGAAACUAAUAGAUACAGCCUGUUGCUGAAGAUGAACAAUGUCUCCAUAAAGAGCGGCACAUACAAUUCUUGUUGCUUUUCUUACAAACGUUGCCCCCUAUUGCCUUCAUUUGACUGAUCUGACUUUGACUUGUAGCUUAGUCUUCUCUGUGAUCUCCAGUUGGCUGAGGUUGGCUCUUGUGUGUUACCUGCAAGCGUCGUUUCAUUCAGACAUA